UCCUAUUUGAAAGUUUAAAGUUUGCAGGGGUUUACCAGUUAUUAUCAUCCUCUCAUCCCCCGCCGGCGCCCCGUCGAGCAGGAGAAGGACGGGAAGAUGAGUUUCUUGAUGAAAACGCUGACGAGGAAGCAGGAGGUCGACGACAUCAUCAGGGAUACCCUUGAUCAAGUCCUCGUCCUCCGAUUUGGUCGUGAAUCUGAUCCUGUUUGCCUCCAUCUUGACGACAUUCUUUCCAAGUCUUCUCGAGAACUAUCUAAGUUUGCUACUAUAGCUUUGGUUGAAGUAGAUGCAGAAGAGAUUCAAGUUUAUGUUAGAUAUUUCGAUAUCACCAUGAUACCAUCAACAGUAUUCUUCUUCAAUGCACAGCACAUGAAGAUGGACUCUGGGACCGCAGAUCACACUAAAUGGCUUGGAUCUUUUCACACUAAACAGGAUUUUAUUGAUGUUGUAGAGGCCAUAUUCAGAGGGGCGAUGAAAGGUAAACUGAUCGUAAACUGCCCACUGCCACAACAAAAGAUACCCCGAUUCCAGCUGCUCUUCAAAGACGUAUGACGAUCAUUUUUCUGACGAGACUAUGAGCCAGCAGCAGUCACAGUAAUUUUAAGAUGUAUUCUAAUACCUGAGCAAUCUCAUUUCGGCGCCGGUGAACGCGGAGAAGAUGAGUAUUUUCCUUCCCAAGCUUACUAUUCACUCACAAUUUCAUGAGCAGGAAACAUUUGGUUGGAUGUUGUAAUUAAGCUUGAGCUUUUGAGUUUAAUGAUAUUUACACAGUGUUUGUUUAGCAUUUAAUAAUAAUCUGAGAAGCAAUUCUAGUUUUUUAUUUA